GUUUGGGUGCCGCGCUUAGAGCGCAUCCUCUCUUCCAGGCAGAUGAACGAAUUCGAGAAAGAAGUGGUUAUCCUGCUUGUGGGUCUCAUUCUCUUGCCCCACAAGUUCUCCGUCAAUGUGGGAGCUGGAGUCUACCACUGCCGAGGAGAGCCUGUGGACGUGGCAACCAUCCUCGCCUUCCUCUCCCCUGAUCUAGCGAGCCAGAUAUCGAACCGGAAGUCCUUCUACAAGGAUGCCGUUCUCGUCCGCGACCACAUCAUCCAUGUCAGCACCAAGGGCGUGCAGGGGGAUUUGUCUUCGUGCCCCGUGGAAAUCGAUCGUCGGAUGGUGGACUUCAUCGUUGGCCUGGACAGCGAGGUCCAUCACCUUGUGGAUGGUAGUCACCUCUACAUGCCCCAGACAAAGAUGGAUGCGGUGGUCCUGCCUGAGGAGACCAAAACUCUCAUCACACGGACAGUUCGAAGUCUCGGCCUCUUCAAGAAAAGCAAGCAGCAGUUCAAGUUGGCGGAGACGAUCGCUUCCUCGGGCCUGGUCAUGCUGUUCUACGGGGACUCUGGCACAGG